GGUGGAAACAAUUUUGCUCUCAUCAUCGUCUUCCUCCUCCUUGUAAUUGGGGCUUUUUCACUUUUCCGAUUUGCUGUUUCAGAGAAUUUGCAGAGACAUGAAAGUAGUGCUCGUCUUCCUCGCCAUUUCUUUCGCUCUCUCUCACCUCGUAUUGGCCGACCAGAUCUUUCCCUUUCACGUCGGUGGGUCAUUUGGUCGAAGCUCUCGUGAACCAAAAUACAACAUUAAGUUACAUACCGAAGACUCGCCUUAUAGUCCCGAUGAUGACCGAGAAUCUGUAAUGAUGCCCAAUAGUAAUGGAGAGAGCUACAUAUGUUAUUUGCCGAAGGUCGAAAAAGCCAAGAGUGGAAAGCCAGUUACUCAGCAUAAUAUCAGCAGCUUGAUAGUGGAGAGUGAGAAAAGGAUUAAGUUGAAGACACCAGAUGAGCUCCUUGAAGAACUCAAGGACCGUUGCUUUGUUAGACAAGAGGGAUGGUGGUCCUAUGAAUUCUGCUAUCAGAAGAGAGUACGACAAGUUCAUUUGGAAGAUGAGAAGGUGCUUCAGGAGUUUAUACUUGGUGAGUAUGAUGCAGAAGCCACAGCAGCUUUCCACCAGAAUCUAUCAGACAUUUCUACACUCAAGGAUCCUCGCUCAAAAGAUGCAUCACAAAGGUAUCAUGCUCACCAAUAUACGAAUGGAACCAUCUGUGACCUUACAAAUCAGCCACGAGAGACUGAGGUGAGAUUUAUUUGCUCAGAACCCAGAGCUAUGAUUAGUUCUUUCACAGAAGUAUCUACCUGCAAGUAUGCACUUACCGUCCGAAGCCCAAUGCUUUGUCAGCAUCCGUUGUUCCAUGCUGAGAGACCAGUGUGGUACACCAUUCACUGUAACGUGCUUCCCAAAGAUUACAAGGAAACUAAAGUGGUGGAGGAGAUAAAAAAUAAGGAGGUUGUCAUGGUAACAGACAGCGAAGAUUCAACUAAUGAUGAGUGGUCCAACUGACUCUCAAAACAAGCCUAUAAAGUGUAUGGCUCUGAUGUUUUUGGCUUUAUAAUUAGGCAGAUCAUAUAUUGUUCACAACUAGCUUUCCUUUCAUGCAAUUUCUUUCAAAAGAGCUCUUUUCUUUUAGAAUUAGAGUUAAAAUACAAUAUUAUACACGUUCAUAAAGCUAAAUAUUUUCUCAAGUCCAAGUUACCGUAAUAAUAAACCAUGCAGAGUUGAAUGAAACAAGUUACAG